GUGUUGAAACCAAGUGGUACGGAAGUGACGUUCACACAAUUUUCAAUUUUUUUUUCAAAUCUUUGGGCUAUUUUCAAAAAGUGAGGUUCUUUGGUUUUGUCAUUGAGUACAGUACACGGUGUGUGACCUGAUGGCAGUGCUGCAGAAAUGAAGAGCGCUGCCAAUAAAUACGAAUUCAAAGCGACAUCCAUCCAGACUUCAGUUUAGUUCCAAAAACAGCUAUUUCUAAGCCUCACAAAGAGAACGUACCAAGGAAACUUUCAUUUAACAAAGGGGAGAUAACUGGCUAUCUAAUUGUUUGGGCAUUUUAAGACCCACUAGCUUUCUCUUUUUUUCCAGAAAUAAUUUUGUAGCCAAAAUGCAUAAAGGUAUUCUGUCUUUUGAUAGAGCUUCCACCAGACAUGGACAGCAGCAGUCAGAACUGAAGGGUCAGAAUCAACUUUUAGUGGAAGCCAAUGAGGAACUGCAGAAAAACAAUUUAGAAACACAGCUAAAAGUCGCCCAGCUGGAGCAACAAUACAGUGACCUCCAAGGAACCAAUGCCGACAUCAAGAAACAUCUGAAGGACUGCCAUGCGCUACUAGUCGCUGGAAAUAUUGAUCCAGUUUUGGGAGAGAGAAUUGGAGAAUCUGCACCGCAAAAUGAGGAUCAACAACGAGUGGUGGUGAAUAUAUCCCGGGAUCUGUUAAGUGAACUGUGGACAUUUGGUGACAUGGCAACAGAACAAAGUGCACAACUAACAGAAGUUCAAAAGUCCAUGAAGGAUCUCAUGGAGGCUCGGGAGCAUCUCGUGCAGGAGAGGGAUAAUUUCUCCUUGGAAGUUGAAGAAACGGAGAAGGCUCUUGAGGAGGCAGAGCAGCUUUUAUUGGAGUAGAUACUGUAUGUGUGUAUAAGUGUGUGCUUGCUUUUAAUGUAAAUGUAAUUAUAAAACAUUUAGUAUAUUUAAUCUAACUCGAUUUAAAUUGUUAAUACUUGCAAAAAUAGUUGUUUUUCACUCAGUCUUAUUUGAUUUGUCUGCAAGACUCCAAAUUUAAAAGCGGUUGGACUGCCAGUGUUAUUUUAGCCUGGGUACCAGGGUCGUCACCAGUUGCCACAGUCAUAAACCCCCACAUACAGGAUUAAUACAAUUUCUCUUAAAAUCUGAUUUUAAACCUAAUCACACUGCUAACAUUAUGUCUAUCACUAUCUUUUUUUCCCCCUCCAUUCUUCCCUGUAUUCUCUCUGGCGAAUGAUGAUGAUCUGUAGGUUACAUGUGUGCACUGCAGAGGCCCAUUGGAGAUUUGACAACAAUAGAACGUUGAGAUUGUUUUUUUUUUACCUGUGCCUUGAUGUUCAUAACACUCCACCAACCUGCUCUUGCGCAGUGGAACCCUGAACGAUAUGUGACCACUUGGUUACAGUGACACCAUUCUGCCGAGGACACCCAAACCAGUGGCCACCGUAAAGCCUAAGAGCCUCACCUUCUCUGGAAGUUGCGGUAGCCCUGCUUGGAAUCUUUAGCCUAUAUUGACUAUUGGCUGAGACGCAGGGCCAGUUAGGGUAGGCUAUGUCAGGAUGAUUUAAUUGGAAAUGUUAAUUGGGACAAGUUGGAAGAAAUAAUACAUUUAGGUUAUAGUUUGAGAUGCAUGAAUACACCACACCAAAAGCUUGAUUUUUUUAUGGCUGUUUUAAAAUGAAUUUUCUGCAAUUCUACGUAGUAAUGACUUAUGUUCACAACUUGGUCAAUUGAUUUGAUUAAAUCUAAGCAAAUCAAUUAUAUAAAUUGAUAGUUCGGCCUUCUGUUUUCUUUUAUUCUGU